CUUAAAACAAAACGCAUAGAAGUGCUCAAAGCUAGUGCACUCUUUCUUGCGCUCUUGGUAUCACUUUCGCUCUCUUUUUGUUUUCUAGCUUCCCUUUACACUCAAUAAAAGCUCCCCUUUUCUGAUUGUACCAAGUCUCUCAUUGGAUUAAUUAGGAAUAGAAAUAGAGAGAAGGGGGAUAGAGAGAAAUGUAUGCAGAAAAUGAGCCAAUCUUCCCAUACUUCCAGAGCUUUUCUCAAGAUGUUCAGCAGCUUGAAGAUUUCUGUUGCUCACAGAAACCCAUUGCUUCAAUGGUGUCUACGAUAUCGGAAUACGACCUUGGCGGAGAUAUAGACCUAGACCUCUUUAAUGCUCCAGAGACACUUAUUCAAGAACCAUUGUUUGACCUUGAUCCAAUGACAGCUGCCAUUUCAAUGAUUUCUUGCACAGAUGAUGCCAUGUCCCAUGAACUUAAAUUGUUAGAUAUUGAAUCAUCAUUUGAUAGUGAACCAUUCUUCAAUGAUGCUUUCUAUGGAUGCAAGGAAGCUCUUUUGGAAAAGGAGUCUAUAGAUACUCCAUUCUCUGAGGUUUCAGAUGCUGGCAUUCACAUUGCCGCUAAUAAUGACGAAAAAUUGACGGGUGAGGAAAGGUUGACUUCCAAGGACCUGUUUCAGAAAAGUGGUAGUUCAGAGUCUUUAUGUUCCAUGGAGUGGAUACAAUGUGGGGGGCCAAUGAAGCCGAAAUUUCUCAAUUUUCCUGGAUUGGACUUUAAUGCUGUGUAUGGUAUGAGAAGGUCCUUCAGUGAAGGAGACAUAAAGGGAUGAGGCUGGCUCACGAUACUGAGUUUUUAUGACAGACACUGGGUAAUAGCCUCAUCCACUCUCCACUAGGGGGUCAACAACAUCAGAUGAUCACUACCUCCAUUUCUGAAGCUCGAAAAGAAAAGCUUUCUAGAUACAGGAACAAGAGGAACAAGAGGAAUUUUGGCAGGAAAAUCAAGUAUGCUUGCCGGAAAGCAUUGGCUGACAGUCAACCGAGAAUCCGCGGAAGAUUUGCAAAAACCGAUGAAACCGAUGGAUCCAAGAAGCAGUGACUGCCCUAUCUAUCCUCUCUACAGAGUAAGAAGAAUGUAAAAUAGCAUUUGUGGCAGAGGGAAGCUAAAAUGUUACCUUAAAUCGGCAAACUUUAGUUUCUUCUCCUUAUUUUAUUCAUAGCCAGAUAGAUCUGCAUGUAUAGUGAUUGUUGGUGUAUAUAUGUAAUAAAGUCAGAAUGUUACUUCUUUAUUUGCCUAGUGGUAGUAUGUUACUCAUCGUAUUCAUGAUAUGGUGGACUAUUAGACGGUGUAUUAUUUUUCCCACACCGAUUAGAUAGAAGAGAGGAAAACUCUUCAUAAGGGAAGAGACAGAAAGCUAGUGCAACAUGACCGCAGGGCGACGUGAGUGGACCGAGCUUGUCCGUCAGGAUGGGCCAGGUCUAGGAAAGUCCCCGGGCCCAAUGCUGUAGAGAUACAGGCUCGGAAACGAGUGCACACCUGGAAGAAGUCCUUUCCUAUUUAUUUGGGACGUGCUGAGACGUGUGUGGAGCACUAUGGACUUCGGCCGGUGUUGCUUUGGCUAGCAAAAACAGUUAUUCACGUGAUUCUUAAUGGACUAACAGAACGGGGCUUACGAUCCUGCGGUCCAUCUUUUUUUAUUUUUCCUCAAUAAACCAGGAUAAUAAUCUUUCUAAG